AUGAGCGAAAAUGCCCCUCGACCGGGACGGCGGCAAAUAGGGGGACGAGGACGAUCGACGAGCGCUUUUGGUGACUUUGAGAGCGCGGGGAGUAGUGCCGAUGGUGAAGAAGAAGAAGGCUUUGAAGAGGAAGACUGGGAGGAGGACGAAGAGUGCGACCACCGCCGAGAAGACGAGAAGAGCGAGAACGAGAUCGACGACCAGAGCGGCUUCUCCCAACCUUCGCCUACGUCGCAAAGAGUGACGUUUUCGUUCGGCGCGAACGACGCGAGAUUUUCUCGCAACGACUGGCGAAGACACGGGAUGGUGCACUUACUCGCGUGCGCUUUUAUGAACAUUUUCUGUUUAGGCGUGUAUGGGGUGUUGCAAGAACGAGUGAUGACGAUUCCGUACGAGAGCAGUAAGAACGACGAUGAAUCGGGGACGUAUUAUCCGGACGCUAUAUUUACGAGUUCGAUUUUUUUGGUGCUGAGUAAUCGGAUUUGCGCGCUGUUCGUCGGCGGGGUGGCGCUUUUUUACACUUCCUCGACGAAAGCGAGUGGUCAUCAUCAUCAUCAUCAUCAUCGUCAUCGUUUCAAGAGAGAGAAGUAUUGGUGGUGGCCAGAUUCGAGUUUGGAGAACUACGCGUGCGUGGCGUUUUCAAACUUAAUGAGCACGUUGUGCCAAUACGAAGUUUUGAAGUAUUUGAGUUACGCGAUUAGUACUUUAGCGAAAGCGGCGAAGAUUUUACCGACUAUGUUUUGGGGGUUCAUUUUACACGGAAGACGGUUUCGAACGAACCAGUAUUUAUCUGCCAUGGUAGUCACCGUCGGGUGUUUCGUGUUUGUCUUCAACUCGUCGUUAGCGGCGAAGUAUGCGAGCGAAGGCAUGACGACGGAGGAGGAGGAAGAGGACGAGAUUGGUGCUACUACAAUCGACCGGGACGAGAAAGGGUACGUUAAUGUGUACUCGAAUAACAACAGACUCUACGACAGGAACGAUGUUAACGACGAGGAUCAAGGAGUGAUUUCGGAAGAUCCCAUCGUUUCCGCCAUUUUCAAAGAAGAGAACGACAUAAACGCGGCGUUUUGGAAGAAACGCGCGUUAGUCAGGCGCUCCUCUUUCCAACGCGCGAUUGGUACUUUUCGUUCCUUAGCUCGAGACUCCAUUUUUAUCGGCGUGUGCAUAACGCUCGUUUACCUCGCCGCAGAUGGGUUUACCAGUUCAUUUCAGCAAAGAAUGUUUCGCGUGCAAAAGACAUCCCUGUUCGAUCAAAUGUUUUGGACGUGCGUUUUUGGGACGUUUUUCAGCGCCUCGUGGGUCGUCCUUUCCGGGCAGUUGGAAUACGCGGUUUUAUUCUUACAUCGGUACCCGAAAAUAAUACCGGACAUAAUUUAUUUAUCCAUGGCGUCAGCAUUAGCGCAGGUGUCAAUCACGUACACUAUUCGCGCGUUUGGUGCGGUCACGUUGGCGUCUGUAAUGACCGUUCGACAAGUCGUUUCGAUUUCAUUGAACGCGUUCCUGUUUCACGAACCGUUGGUCGCUUUACAAUGGGUAGGUUUGAGUUUAAUUUUACUCCCGGUCUUUUUCGGAGGCGCCGGGUAUAAGAAAGAGUUGGAAACAAGAAACACGUCGGCCGGGAUGAAACGAAGAACUGGUGGUGGAGAAGGAGAGGAAGAAGGCGCUUUGGCGGGAUCGAGGACGACAAAUAUGACGAGCGUGCUCAUCGACCACGGCAACCAUCACCACACGCGCCGGCUCAGAGGUGGCAAAGUUACUCACAAGAACGAGGACGUCGUGUAA